UGACCUAGUCAUAUGACAACAACAUGGCGGCGGCCUGGCACGAAAACUAGGGUACCACUUCCGCGUUUCUCUUCUCCAUUUUUCUUCGCUUGGCUACUUCCCGUCACGAGCCUGUCACAACCGCAGUAUCACAGAGAGAGUUGAGAAUCGAUAUUGUUGUCUUCCUUGGCGUUCGCGGUCUUACGACUUGACGUUUGAAACACAAAGCACGGGGUUGCGUAAGCUCGGUUCUUUGUUGUUUUUUCAGCCAUGGCGUAACACGUUUUUCUGUUGUUUUGGUGAAUUCUCCAGAAUAUAGUUAGAUCUGCGGUAGAUCUGUUUGCUACAAAGCCAUGGUUGAUCUAGAGAACGUACGAAAACUUUGAAUAGCUAGUCAAAAAUCUUAACCGUGUUGCUAAGAAAGUAGUAAGUGAAGAGCAGCCAAUACAAGAUGACGGAGGAGGAACAAGAAGAGACAACGCCGCUGUUGUCACCCCAGAAAAGGGGCUCAUACAGACCACACAACAGCAAAUACAAGUGGGCCUGUGCUGCCAUCCUGCUUGCCGAAACCUUCGAAAGAAUAGCUUUCUACGGUAUCACGGCCAAUCUCGUCCUUUUCCUGAACCGCGGAGAUUUUUUGUGGACGUCGUACAAUGCUGCUAACGCCCUGUUUAUUUUCAUGGGCCUGUCGUACUUAAUGUGCGUGUUCGGAGGGUGGCUGGCGGACACUGUACUGGGAAGGUUCCGAACGAUCGUGAUCAGCUUUGUUGUGUACAUUCUGGGCAUCAUGUUUCUGCCCAUGCUGGGACAUGAACGGAUGAGGGGGAAGCUAUGUGGAGCGGAAAACCAUACAAGACACACGACAAGUGAUCAGGAGCAAUACUGCGACUCUGUCAUCUACCCGAUCAUAGCUGUCAUCGCCAUCGGAACGGGGUCAGUGAAAGCAAAUAUUGCACCAUUUGGGGCUGAUCAGGUGAAAGACGAGGGGCCAGAAGUGAUGCGCAUGUUCUUCAACUGGUUCUAUUGGUCGAUCAAUGCCGGUGUGCUACUGUCUCUCGGUGCAGUGGCCUUCAUCCAACAGAACAUGGGGUUCUUCUUCGGUUUCCUGAUUCCCGCCGUGUCGCUGGGUGCAGCGCUGAUCAUGUUCGUGUUGGGACAGCCCGCGUAUGUGUGCAGGGCGCCGUCCGGGAGCGUGCUGACUAACGUGUUCCGAAUCAUCAUGGAGGCUUGCAGGUCUAGGAGGCGGCGGAAAAGAAACUACAGCCAACCAAGUGACAUUGACACAGUGGUGGACCCCUUACCUAACCCUACAUGGCUGGACAUGGCAAAAGUCCGGUAUGGAGGCAGCUUCCACGAAUCCAAUGUCGAGGAUGUCAAAUCUCUCGGAAAAAUCCUGCCUGUCUUCAUAGUGCUAAUACCAUAUUGGAUGGUGUACUUCCAGAUGCAGACAACCUUCCAGCUCCAAGGACUUCACAUGCGGAUCCCACCCUUCAAUAAAACAGUCAAGAACAACAACACAGGACUGACUGUAGCCACACACAACAAUGCAACAGCACCCAAUAUGCAAAUGCCAGCAGCCUGGCUGACGCUGUUUGACGCUCUGCUCUUGCUGAUCCUGAUUCCUGUGAUGGACCGCCUGGUCUACCCGUGGAUGGACCGGCGCGGCUGCCACUUCUCCGUCCUAAAGCGGAUAAGUCUGGGCAUGUUCUUUGGCUUCUGUGCAGUCAUGUGUGCUGGUGGGCUGGAGACUUACAGACUGCAGCUGGUCCAGAGUAACCAGACCAUGAACCAGACCAUCAGUAACACAUCGUACGAGGCCGCAGACCUGUGGAUCUGGUGGCAGAUUCCUCAGUACUGCCUCAUAGGGGCCAGCGAGGUGUUUGCAAGUGUAGCUGGCCUGGAGUUUGCGUAUGCGGCAGCUCCACGUUCCAUGCACUCCAUCAUCAUGGGUCUCUUCUUCUUCACGUCCGGGAUGGGCUCGCUCCUCGGCUCUGGGCUUCUUGCACUCGUCAAGAAGUUCAAGUGGGUCAAAGAUGUCGACCAUGGGAACAUCAACCACGGGCACCUGGACUUCUACUUCUUCGUGCUCGGUGCCCUGCAGUUCAUCUCCUUUGUUGUUUUUAACAUCGUAGCGGUGUCGUUUCACCGUGCAAAGAUGAAGCGACAGAAACAGCAGGCUGGGAAUGGAUUCAGCUCACGGCACUUGCAGAGAAGCAGUUUAUACAUGGAGUGAUAUGAUACACAAUUCUACGUAAAUGAAUGUUUUUAGACUGUAGUGGGGUCAAUUCUGUUGAAAGGAAAAUGUGUCAAUUCUCCCAAAAAUACAUGUAAUAGCAUGUGUCCUAUUUAUUAUAUAUUAAUAUUGUUUGGCAGUGUGAUAAAAUAGAUUCAACCUAUCGUUUGUAAAGAAAUGACCAAAACAUUUAACUUACUUUUUUUGUCCCUUCAAUCCUACAAUAGGCAAAUUCUUUAAACUAAAGGUAAAAUAACACAUUGAGAGCUCCAUGUAUAUUCAUACAGUUCCAAAAUACUGAGAGUCAUUUGUCUCAAUUGUGUAUGCAAACAAUGGUAUGUAAAUAAAGCAUAUGCUUGGGAAAGAGUAUUUGUGUACUAGUAUUUGCUUAACCAGUGGUAUCCAGUCUAUCAUGGUUAGGCGGGAUUUCUUCAGGGCUGCAGGAGCUCUUCCCCGCCCGCCUGAGCUAGGUUCACCCGGUAGGUUUUUCAUGGCAGGAGUUUGAUUAGGCCCACCACAAUCUGGUGGGGCAAAAUCAACUCCCGGCAUGCCAAACUCUAUUAGCAAAGCUCCUACAGGCAUAAAACUCCUACUGGGCGACCUGUUGUACUGGGCGGAGAAAAACUAUCAUUAUCAUAGCCCCGAAGACAGCCUGCCCCUGCAACCACAAUAGACUGGAUACCAGGUUAAUUUCAUGUAAGUAAUUGGUAUUGUCACAUACAGCACCUAAAAUUAUAUAUUUCCUAAAGUUACUCAAACAUAUACAUGUUUAUUGAUCCCAAUACAAUGUCUCUUUAUCUUGUCUUGGAAAAUACAUAGUUGCCUUAUACUUCAAUUUUGAGACAUUGGGAUGUAAAUGUUGAGAUCUUUAAUAAACUGUUGAUGCCGGCAAAACUUAUGAGAGGUAAUAUCAACUUGAAGCCAUAUUUAUGCACAGCAAAUAGAUGAUCUACUUGAUGAAAUAUUCGUGAAAAAUUUGAUAUAUUGGUGGCAUUAAUAUUCAUAUUCAGUACUAGGCAGUAGUCAGUACAUUUGUUUGAUGAGAUAUGCCAUUUUCAUUUUGUAUUGUUGAAAUGUACAUUAUGUAUUCAUGUAGUAUUUGUCGUCUCAUAACUACUUGUGCAUGUGUUUGAUGUGCAAUGUGUGUGAUCAAUUCUGUGCAGAGAAUGUGAAAUUACUGUAUUUCAAAAAGAUCUCUGCAUAAGCAUACAAAACAAAUGGAUUGUGGAUUUUGGUCAUCAAUUUCAAUUUUGGAGCUGUUCUUUUGGUUGGUUGGUCAUUAAUGAUGAAAUCAAUGCAUUAGUGGAUUGUCAAAUAUUCGUGAAAAAUAAUUGAAUGUACAAUAAUUGAUUUUUAACAGCUGCUACAUUGUCUUCAAGUUCAGAGUUACAGUGACAUUCUGGCUGUGCUUGUAAAAUGGCAUUUAGUGUGUCUAUGUACUGCUACUGUAACUGUAUGUACUGAGCAAAUACUAUUACAUGUAUGUGCAAGUGGUGUUUAUUGCACCAACAGAAUGCGAAAUACAUUGUACUAAGGAUUCAACAUUACCAAGGCUAGGUAGUAAUAAGCAUUACCAGUAGGAUGUGUGUGAUUGAAAAAGUUCCCACACCUUUUGGUGUAUAGGGAGGUGCCUUUCUCAGUUUAUAUAGCCUUUGAGCCACACAGUUGUGCAGGCACAAUCCGGCCAGGGCUAGUCCAAUGUAGUCUUCAAACUUCAAACUGAAGACUUUUUACUUUUGUGAUAUCCAGUUGUACUUGAAAUGCUAUAUCCAGUACAUGUAUUUGUAGGCGGAGUAUGCCUUUAUUUCUGUGUAUCUUAUUAAAGCUAAACACAAUGUAUGCUGCAGAAUAAAAUGCUGAUGUCUU